CCUGGGCCCUUCAAGUUUACAUGAAAGCUAUCAUUGUCGGUUCCAUCACGACUGGGUGUAGCAGUCUGACUUGUUGGUUUGCUUAGGCCAGAAUCGGUAUCGGGGAGCGAUCGCUCGUGUGCUAGUACGAGACCACUUGCAAGCCGCCACCCAGCUUUUCCAUGCUUUUCCUGUUGACCCUACAUUUUCUUUCAUACUGUAUCCAUCCAGCAGUUUGAUGUGCUUUGAGAAUCGCCUGUGAGCAUUUGAGGAUAUUUGAGGUGUACCUUAGCAAUGAGAUGCAAUGAGCUGCUUUGAGUAUUUCUGAAUUAAUCAACACCGACAGCAUGACGGCUAGGGGCCAAGUCUAUAAUUGAAAGUACUAUUGAAAGUAUAGCCCCUAGCCUUCAAUCGAAAAUCCUGGAAACCGACAGGGUCCAAGGCCUCAUCCGUCAAGCGUACACACGUUGAGAAGCGUAUUGGUCGUGUACGACAAAGGUCAAAAGAGCCACGCCAACGGUUUUUUCCGCCUCUCCACGAUCCAUGGCGUUCCGCGUUCUCCGCGUUCCCAUCACCGCGUUCGGCUUGGCCAUGUACCGCGUUGACCGGAGGUCACCGGUGAGUCGAUGCGAACUUCGAGUCGAUGAGGUCACAGGUGAGGCUUUAACGGCCGAAUCCAAAAAUGCCACGGCGGCCGCGUAUUCGAAAGCCAAGCUUUUCAGGCGCGACCCCUUUAGCGUGGAACCAAGCCGAAAGGUUUGUGUCUUGAUUGGCAUGACAGGUGUUGGCAAAAGUGCAACGGCAAAUACCCUUUGUGGUGCCAAGCGUGCCUUUGAGACAAGUUCCUCCGUGGUCUCUGUCACAAGUGCUGUUAGAGUGCGGGACUACUCUUUCUCUGGCAGCCGUUGGCGCGUGAUAGACACUCCGGGUCUCGGUGAUACCAACAAAGCCUAUGAGGAGACGAAAGCAGAGCUUUUGGAAACCUUUCGAUUCGCUCCACAUGGCAUUGCUUCCUUUGUGGUGGUCGUUCCGAAAGGUCGCUUUACGAGCGAAAUGGAACAACGCGUGCGGGAAGCUUUGGAUAUUUUUGGAGGAACCGAAGCGAUUCGCCACACUAUGAUUGCAGUGACCAAAUGUGCUGAUGCACCCGAGAAGCUUUUGGAUGAUAUCAUGCAUUUGCCUCCAGAUCACACGCUUCGACGCCUAUGCGAAAUGGUGAGCCAACGUGUUUUGCCGAUUGAAAAUGUAAAGGAGCCAGCGAUUGCGGUGUCCCGCUUGCUGCUGCAUCGAGGAAUCGACGAGGUUCUUGAGCUCAACAACGAGGAGAGAUUCUGGGGAAGGUCUUCUGAAUCUUUCAACAAACUCACUGAGCUCUCUGCAAGAUCCUUCGGACUGGACAGCUUACCACAAGCUCGAUGUUCCACUAAGUGGUCAGAGUUUGAGAGUUGUCCACGUCUGGUUAUUGUUUGUGACUUUCCGAGUCCAGUUGUCAAAGGAGCAACAUGACCUUUUGAAAAAGCACUCGCAACAGGCUUCGGGAGCUCGUUUUGGCAUUCGUGACAUUUGUCAUAUCGGCUUUGUGACGGCCCUGCAGAUCGGAAAAGAGCAACAUCAUGAU